CGUGGAGCUUGGUUUGGUGAGUUAUGAAUUCAUUACGGUGUGGGAAGCUGUGUGAAUUUGUGGGUUCAUUGCACUGACCUGAAUGAAGUCCAUUAGCCCUUGAGCGAGUCCUCUUGCCUUCGCAUAGCUUGCCACUUAGAUCCCCCCCCCCCGGCCCCCUCCCCCAAAACAGAUCUUUAUGGCUCUGGCUCCUUUUCCAUUCUGGGUAGCAUCAGUGCACAAUGUGACAGGUCUUACGGGAGAGACGACUUCUCCACCUGCGAGCUUGGGGAACUUAACCGACCUUGCAGAGCUGAUUCUGGUCAGCUCGGUUAUGAGAGGUCCCAUUCCGGAUAGCUGGCAAAAUCUCACGAAGUUGAGAUACUUGGAUUUGAAGAACAACGUCUUCACUGGGCCUAUUCCUGACUGGCUAGCAGAACUGCCCUCUCUUGAAGAGCUACCACGUCAGCAGGACACGUCAGCAGGCUACGUCAGCAGGCUACGUAAGUACGUCAGCAGACCACGUCAGCAGGCCAGGUCAGCAUUGCCACGUCAGCAGGACACAUCAGCAUUGCCACGUCAGCAGCAAGGGAUACCACAUCAACAGGCAUCGGUCUGGCCUAUGCUGUUGCGUUCACAGACAGCAGUCAUGGACCAGAAGGCCGGGGAAACAGACGAGGCCUAUCAGGCCCGCAUGUUAGCCUGGAGUACCGAGACAAAGAAGCGAGCAGAUGACGCUGCCGCAGCAGCCAAGAAAAGGGCAGAGGAUGCCGAGCAGGCACGUCUGCUGGCCGUGCAACAACAGCGCCAGCACGACGAGGCAGCAGCAAGGGCUGCCGACGAAGAAACGACACAGCGUCGUGAGAAGAUAGUCAUUGGAGCGCGGGCAUUACUUACCAUGGCAGUAGAAUGGCGAAGCGAGGCCGAGAAUAGCCAGUUGGAGGACAGUGCAAACAAGAUAGCGCUCCUCCUCUCGCAUCUCACGGAUCUCCUGGCAACCUGCAUUACACAGCAGGCGGAGAUCCUUGGUCUCGACAACUCGGUAGCUCAGGUCCAAGACCGCCUUCAGCGGGUGGAGCAGCGAACAAUCGCUGCCACUGACGCAGGCUCUUCCAAUACUGCCGACCGCCUCACCGCAUUGGAGAUGCACAUCGGCUCCCUCCAGGAUGGCGCACAGUUACARCAGACCGCGACGCAACAAUUGCAGCAACGGAUCUGCACUACCGCCACUACCUCGAGUCCGGAGCCGCGAGACACAGCUCCUAAGUUCGAUGGGCAGGAGAUCUUCCACGACUCAAUCAAGACAGAUCCAAUUCCAUGGUUUCGCAAGUUCGAGCUCAUGCUGCAGCUCCAAAACGUCAAGGAAAACAAGCACCGCGCUUACUUGUACUCUCGCUCAGGGGGCGCGUGUCAGGCAUGGUUGGACAACUUGUUGUCCAAGUACGGAGUGGUAGCAGCGGACUUGCACACCAUGAUCAGCUGGGAUGAUCUGAAGGCGGCGUGGCACAAGCGGUUCCAAGUGGAGCCGCCAGAGGCCCGGGAAGUCGCGGUGGGGGACAUCCUGGCGUACCUUACCAAGGUGGCACGCGAGUUUCGCACGCAGCGGUAUGAUAACAACAAUGCACCGCUCAUGUAUGUCCGCAUCCAGGUUGGGCAAGCGUCCUGCAGCGCUUUGCUGGAUAGCGGCGCGACUCGCAACUUCAUGAGUCAGUCUUUUAUGCAAAGAGCUGGCCUUGACGCACAAGUUCAGAGAAAGGCAAACCUGAUGGCGAUCAAGUUGGCGGAUGGUAAGACACAACAACUUCUCGACCGUUACAUCGCGGCCGUACCGGUCUACUUCGCACCUCAUGCAUGCGAACCGGUGACAUUCGAUAUUCUCGACACGGACUUCGACAUCAUUCUGGGAAUGCCUUGGCUCGCAAGUGCGGAUCACAUGGUCAACUUCCAUCGACGGACUCUUAGCGUUCGCGAUGCCUUCGGCGCGGAAGUGGCGUGUACUAUUCCUCUACCGCACUCUUCAAUCCGGUGCCAAGUGGUAACGGCUAAAUCAUUCCGGGCGACUUGUGCUUACGAGCAGCUCGAGGAGAUCGGCAUAUGUUUCCUACGGACCGUCGCGGUAGCCGACUCUUCACCCACGAACUUGUCUUCAGACCCCCGUUUGAUACGGUUGCUGGACGAGUUCGCCGACAUCUUCGAGUCACCUACCGGUGUGGUGCCGGGUCGGCCGAUCUCUCACGAGAUCAUUCUUGAGGCCGGUGCCGUGCCGCCGAAAGGUUGCAUCUAUCGGAUGAGCGAGGAGGAGCUUGAGGUACUCCGCGCACAACUUGAUGAUUUGUUGGCCAAGGGCUGGAUCCGCCCGAGUAGCUCCCCAUAUGGAGCACCAGUUUUCUUCGUCAGGAAGAAGAACAAGGAUCUACGAUUGUGUAUCGACUACCGCAAGCUCAACGCGCAAACCGUCAAGAAUGCGGGGUCUCUUCCUCGCAUCGACGCCUCGAGCGUCUGGGCGCCGAAAAAUCGCUACAAAACCGCAUUCAAGACGCGGUACGGGCAUUUUGAGUGGGUGGUCAUGCCUUUUGGCCUCACCAACGCCCCGACGACAUUCCAGGCGGCGAUGACCAACGAGUUCCGUGCAAUGUUGGACCGGUUCGUACUGUUCUACUUGGACGAUAUUCUCGUCUACAGCCGGACAUUGGAGGAUCAUCUUGGACAUCUUCGACGAGUGUUGGAGACGCUCCGCCGUGCCAAGUACAAGGCCAACCGCGACAAGUGCGAAUUUGUCCGGCAAGAGCUGGAAUACUUGGGCCAUUUUGUCACACCGGAGGGCAUCAGUCCGCUAUCRGAYAAGAUUCAGGCCGUCCAAGAGUGGCCGGAGCCUCGGAACGUCACGGAUGUCCGCUCGUUCCUCGGUCUUACCGGCUACUAUCAGCGCUUUAUCAAGGGCUACUCCAAGAUCGCGGCCCACUUGAACAAGCUUCAGUGCGAGGACCUGCCGUUUGACUUUGGAGAGGAGGCGGGGGGAUCAUUCCUCGCUCUCAAAGCCGCGCUAUUGUCUGCGGAGGUCUUGCGGAUAUACGACCCGCUCGCGCCCACACGUGUCACUACGGAUGCGUCAGGCUAUGGCAUUGGUGCAGUCCUCGAGCAACAUGAUGGUGUGGACUGGCACCCGGUCGAGUACUUCAGCAAGAAAGUGCCACUCAUGCAUUCCAUUGACGAUGCACGCAAGAAGGAGCUCCUCGCCUUCGUCCACGCGYUCAAGCGGUGGCGGCACUUCCUCCUUGGUCGAAGCCAAUUUCGCUGGGUAACAGACAACAAUCCGUUGGUCUUCUACAAGACCGAAGACACCAUCAACAGCACCAUCGCUCGAUGGAUGGCUUUCAUCGACCAGUUCGACUUCUUUCACGAUCACAUUCUCGGGAAGUCGAACCGUUUUGCGGAUGCUCUUUCACGGCGUCCGGAUCACUGUACCGCGGUCUACUCGACUUUCGAAAUUGACGAUGAACUGCGGAACAGCUUCAUCCGCGGCUACCAAGUCGACCCCGAGUUUCGCGACAAGUACGCGAAUUGCUCCUCACCUAAUCCGGCUCCUUCUCACUACUGGAUCCAGGAGGGGUAUUUGCUUGUCCACACGCGGGGGAAGGACGUUCUUUGCGUACCAAGUGAUCCUCGCUUGCAUACACGGCUUCUUGGCGAGUUCCACGACUCUCCCGCCACCGGACAUUUUGGAGUCAAUCGCACGAUUGGCCGGCUUCGCCAGCGAUUUUGGUGGCCCGGCCUUCUCGGCGACGUCACGCGCUAUUGCGAGUCAUGCGAGGUUUGUCGACGCUGCAAAUCCCGCAACCAUCGUCCGUACGGCGAGCUACGACCAUUGCCAGUCCUGUUGAGGCGAAGGGAAGCGAUUGCCAUGGACAUCACCGGCCCGUUCCCCAAGCACAAGACCGGAGUGGAUGGGAUUCUCACGGUGGUCGACCGACUCACCAAGUUCGCCAUGUUUUUGCCUUGUCGCUAUCAUGCCAAGGCACCGGAGUUGGCCGAGGUUCUGUACGCCGGUUGGAUUCGCACCAAGGGUUACCCCAAGGAGAUCGUCUGCGAUCGCGACACUCGGUUCAUUUUUCUGAUGACGAUUUGCCAGGCCACUUUGUUUAUGCAGGUGGUCCUGUUGGGGUCUCAGGUCCACGGGAACCAUCUGGCCCUGGCCUUCAGGCUCCUUAGGUCGUCAUCGUGCGGGGACCAUAUGGAUGCCAUGUUCCACAACGUUGAGAAUAUUGUCGUGUUAAUGAUUAGUGCACUGCCCAGCAAGGAAGUCUGGGCUUUCUUGCAAGGAGCUAGGCAGGUGAUGCAUGAGUUGAAGUGUCUUGAUGCCCUCGUGCUCCAGAACUUGUGCAAGGAAGAGGGAAUUCCUUAUAGCAGUAAGUCUGAAGCUAUCUUCGACAUAGCUGUCCAUCGCACAAGAGUUGCUUAUGGUACCGACAAGGAGGAAGAGGAAGCGGCCUUACAAGGAACGGACCCCGAUGCAGGGAACGGAGGGGAAGCGAACAAGGAAGCUGAAGAGGGUUUACUAUUCCUUAACUUUGGAGAAUUGUUGGUUGCCUUACGAAGUGGAGAGCAUCAUCUUGAUAACAACAAUUUCUCUGGAGGUGUCCCAAUCAAAUUACUGCACAAGCUUAGAGAAAAUUUCACGUUUACCGAUAACUACAACCUUUGUGACGCGCCAGGCCUAGAACCAUGCGGACCUCCAUCAGCACCAGCCCCCGUGCCAGGACUGCCGUCAGACUCAGACUCAGUGAUACGGUCAAUCCCAUCAGCACUACCAACGGAUCUUCAGCCGCCGCCAUCAUCGUCUACAAACUCUGCCACUACUGCAAGGGAUGGAUCUUUCAAGUUCCCACUGGUCGCUGCAGCAGCAAGCUUCCUGUUUUUGCUGUCAAAUGUCAAGGGUUUUACUUUGUGAAGCUUGGAGCUCUUUCCCUUUAAGUCCUGCAUAAGAGGUCUCAUCGUCUCAGAGAAAUUGAAGUGUAUGACAGAAGCAGGGGCACGUGAAGUACAGUAAGGCCGCAACAGCGAUGUGUUUGUCCUUGUGAAGCAUUGUUUCUGUCAUAGGCAUGAUCAUCAUCAUCAUCAUCAUCAUCAUCAUCAUCAUCAUCAGCAGCAGCAGCAGCAGCAGCAGCAGCAGCGUCACCAUCAUCAUCAUCAUCAUCAUCAGCAGCAGCAGCAGCAGCAGCAGCAGCAGCAGCAGCAGCAUGCCAGUAGCAUCAGCAGCAGCAUUGUUGUGAUUGUCAUCUUUAUCGUCAGAAUCAUCAUCAUUAUCAUCAUAACCAUGGAGGUGAUCGUUGUGAUUGUCAUCAUCAGCUCUUCCAUUGACGUUCCGUCCCAGUCGAGGACGAUCUCAGAACAAUACUACGUUCAACCUCGGAGCAGCCUAACUCUUCUCCCUUAGCCAUUCUGCUAGUCGCCGUUGACUGUGAUUGUCCUCGGCGACUCUUCGCAGGCAUUCAGGAGGGUAGAGUGGUAGGAGGGUGCAGAGGCGGUGUGGCCAUGUGGAAUAGAGAUGCCGUAUCGAAGUUUGGUUGACGUUCCGUUCCCCUUUCCCGGCGAUCUCAAUCCUCGGAGCAGCCUAACUGUUCUGCCUUAUCCACUCUGCUCGUCGUCUGUCGACUCUGAUUGUCCUCGCAGGCAAUUGGGAGAGUAGAGCGGUAGGAGGGUGCAGAGGUGAGGUGGUGUGGCUGUGUGGAAUCAAUGCAAUAUCACAGUUUGGUUGACGUUCCAUUCCCGUUCAUGGACGAUCUCAAUACUACGUUCAUCCUCGGAGCAGCCUUAGCUGUUCUGCCUUAUCUACUCAUCUCGUCGUCAGUUGACUUUGAUUGUCCUCGUGGGCGAUAUCAGAGCACCAUGCUGACACAGCUUGGAAUUCAUAAAGUAUAGUAUGGUUCUGUGGGAACAAGACAUACGUCAUGGAUUGGCAUAACAUAAGCCACCUGGGAAAGGAACAACCGAAGCCUGUUUUCGCGUUCAGAGGAACAACCGAGCCUGUGUAGCUCAGUUGGUACACCCAUGAGCUGUUGAAAUACAGACCUGAGUUCGAAUCCUGGCGGACCUAGUUGAAUGCAACGAACGGGGAAUGACUUUUCUGGCUUUCACAGCCAGCAGCAGCAACUGACAAUUGCUUUGUUACAAGUUGUCGGAGGAGAGGAGGUCUUCGGAAUAGCUUUGUGAAUAGCGAGAAUUGUGACGAGGGUGGGAUCAAGGAAAUGCCCUGGGGGAGAGAAAGAACCUGGAACUACUCUUGGAAGGAAGAGUCAACUUUCUUAUUCUAUUCGUAGCCUCAUAGGGACAUAGCCCUGUCUAUAGGCGUAUUCUGUGUAUAGUUUGUCCUAUCCAUCGAUCUAGUACUCGACGGUCGCAAUACGUUUACAUCUGUGUCUCCACCUCUACCGUUAGCUUUAUCUCUAGUAUUAUGUCAUCUAUAGCUAUGUCCAUUUAUCUAUCCAUCGCUCUGUCUAUCUCAUACACUUCCUUUUCUCAACCCGCGAUCCUGCUUCACGGGUGUCGUGAAAUUCAUCCAUCCUUCCAAUGUGAUGUACCUUUCUAACACUCCUACUUUGUCCUGUAGUCCAUCAUCUCUUGUUCCUUCCUGGUCUCUAUAGUGAUGCAAAGCUGAGGUUGGCUUGAGUUUGGUAUGCGGUGAAACGACUCUACCCCUUGAUCCUCCCCUGCGUUUCCCGUCUCCAUGCUCUCCUGUGGUUGAUUUGGAAGAGGAGAUGUGAAUCGAUCGACAACAACCAGUCCACUGGCUCAGGCAUGGGAUUGAUUUCUCCAAACACUGGAAACAUAUCAACUUAUCAAUCUUAUUUAAGUUCUAAAUUCUUACCUAUCUAUCUUGUUGUUUAUCUACAUAGCUAUCUAUCUGUCUACCUACCUACCUACCUACCCCUCUGCCUCUCUACCUACCCCUCUACCUCUCUACCUACCUACCUACCGACCGACCGGUGUAUCUAUACCUAGCUAUCUGUUCUACCUACUUACCUACUUACCUAUCUACCUAUCUACCUAUCUACCUAUCUACCUAUCUGUCUACCUACCGACCUACUUACCUACCUAUCUAGCUCCCCUGGAAGGAGCCCACUUGGGUCCUGAGAUUUUGUUUGUGUUUCUCCACUGUGUUAUCGGAUGGCCAAGAGAGGGAAUGUGUACUGAAACGUGGUUACCGUGGUUACAUGCUCUCCAAAAAUACGUCUUCCUAUAGAUAAGUCGGCCGUGAUUUGGGACGCUGUGUGUUCAGCCAGUUUUAUUUGCAAGGCCAAUUAUUAUUUACAGAAACCAAGGUAUUUAUCUAAUCAUCGGUAAUUGGUAAUUUCCUUUUGCCAGGGACUAGUUCUUUUUUUCACCGCUUUCACGUUUUCAGCAAGACCUGGGCACUUUGCAUUGCCUAGCACUCUCGCCUGACGGGAGGAGAAGGAAGGUGUACCCGAAAACCAUCUUGCAGGUCUGGAAGGUAGCAUAUUCAACGUACGAGCAACCGCAAUAACAAAAGCAUAAACAGAGUGAGGUUGUUCAGCUACACUGGUUUAGUAUGUAGUUCGAAGUUCUUUGUUCGAAAGGUGCCUCUUCUGUAAGAUACGGUGAAGCUGGUGUUAGUGAGGUAUAGAGAUGAGGUCAGUAGUAGGGUUUGGUGGUAAGUGGGCCUUAGAAGGGGUUACCUGGGUAUGAAGACGUGGCCAGUGGGGUUGAGAUGGGGUCAGCAGGGUGUGAAGAUGCAGUUAGUGGAGUUUAGGCGGAGAAAGGAGAGUGUGCGGAUGUGGUUAGUGCGCUUUCGAUGUGGUCUGGUGGUGGUCCUGGAGAUGGGGUUUAUUUGGUUGUAAGUAUAGGAGAGUGAGAUCAAGGCAAUAGAGGCAACGAGGGGGCCUUGUGGGCGAUAGUUGGGUGAAAAAAAGGGCGUCAAACAGGGAACGAAAGAGAGGAAGGGAGAAGGCAUAAGGAGGGAGGGCUUCAUAAGUCUUAACAAACUCUUAACUCAGUUCCAUGUGUUUUUGACCAAGGUUGUUUGAGUUCAUAAACUGAAAUUUUUUUUUACGCAUCUAUUCUGUUCAUGAUGGCGACGUCUGGGAUUUUGUUCCAGUUCAUAGAUAACUCCGUAAGUUCUUGGAUAAGAUGGGGGGGUGCACUACCAGGUCUGGGAUUCUGUUCCAGGUGUGGAUUUUGUUCCAGGUCACAGAACUUUCUCGGGUUGAACGGGGUGUGCUAUACCAGGUCUGGGAUUUUGUUCCAGGUCUGGAUUGUGUUCCAGGUCUGGGAUUUUGUUCCAGGUCACAGAUAACUUUGUUAACUUCUCGACGGAUUGAUGGGGUGCAAUAACCGGUCUGGAUUUUGUUCCAGGUCUGGGAUUCUAUUCCAGGUCAGGAUUUCAUUUUUUCAGCUACAUUUCAUACCACCUCUAUUAUCCCUUCAGUAACCCCAGUUGCUAGUUCUGAGGGCAGUUUCUUUUUUUUUUCUUUUUUUUUUCCCUCGCUUCAUUGAUUCAAUUUAACGGUUCAAGUUCCAUUAACCCUUUAAGGUGUCGACCAAUUUAUAUAUUACUAGGGUUAACGAGGGGACCACUCCCAUCAGCUCAGUUGUUACCACUGCCUGCAGUUUCGGAUAUAUUUGAAACGACUCAUACGGUAGGUACGUUUGUUGUCAUUGACGACUCUUAGCAUCGUCAUCCUCAGUAUCAGCAUAGGAUUAAAAGCCUUUUUUGAAGGGAUAGUGGAAACAUUAAGAAGAUAAUAUUUUUUUUUUGCUGGUCUACGCAUGUAUGCAAAAAUGAAGAAUUUCAAGAAUU